AUGUCACACACUGAGGAAAUUACGUGUAACGGUCGCGUCAUAACGGUGCCUACACUCGAAGUGGUUAGAGAGAUUCCCAGCAUGUCCGCUGGAACUAAUAUAGAUUGGCUGCUGCACAUCUACUACUCUCGUAGGGAUUUUGUACGAUGCAAGCGUUUAAUUGACCGCGAACUGUAUAAACACUUGAAUGCCGAAUAUUUGUAUUUUGUGAAGGGUUUAAUUGAUCGAGAAGAAGGAAAUAAUAUAGAGGCGUUGCGUUAUCUACAAAAAGCUCUUGAAUUAAAUCCCAAAAAUAUUGAAAUAUAUAAAGAGAUCGGAAAAACAUUAUUUGUGAUGGGUCGAUAUAAUCAAUCGUUGGAUACAUUUCGCGAGGCCGAAGACUUAUCAACGCGUUUGGAUCACGAAAUUUUUCACUUCAUUGGUGAAUUGCUUUUACGUUCGUCGGCUUCACGCAAUCAAGUCGAAAUGGCGCUUAAGGAACAACAGGAAGCCAAGCAGUACUUUCAAAAGGCCAUACAAACUGGUAAAAAAUUGGAAAGUUUUCAACGCUUAGCUGAAAUACAUCGCAAGGAGAAGGAUUACAGCAAAGCCAUUGAAGUACUUGAGAGUUGUUUACUUCUUUCACCCGAGAAUACUGAAGUAUUGACGGAAAUUGGUGUUCUUUACUUGAAAAUGAACGAAACCCAGAAAGCCUUCGAUCGCUUACUUGAGGUAAUUCAAUUCGAUAAAAAAUGCUUGCGUGGUUUAAUGGCUUUUGGUGCAAUAUUGCAGUCGCGCAAUGAUGUUGACGCUGCUUUAGUAAAAUAUAAAGAGAGUGCGGCUUUACAAUCAAAUAUUCCAGAGCUAUGGAAUAAUAUCGGUUUAUGUUUUUUUAAGAAGGAAAAAUUUAUUGUGGCCAUUUCGUCGCUGAGGAAAGCAAUUUGGCUAUCGCCACUAAACUACAAUUCUUUGUAUAAUCUAUCGUUGAUUUAUAUAAGCGCGCAACAAUACGCGAGUGCUUUUCAUACACUGGCGGCGGCCAUAAACUUACGCCAAGAUAAUGCUGAAUGUUUUAUGCUGUUGGGAGUUUGUUUACGUAAAUUGGAGGAUUUCGAUAAUGCUUAUGUCGCAUUUGAACGUGCCACAGCAAUGCUUCCGUCAUCACCUUUAAUAUACCUGAACUGUGCUCUAUUUUGUUAUGAGACUGGUCGCUUAGCCAUGGCUACCGAACAAUAUAAUCGUUUUGUUAGCAGCUCUGAGAAUUUAAUGCGGUUACCAAUCGAAUAUAAAUUUCAGGCAACGAAACUUAAAUCUUUACUGAAAAUUUCUUCAAGUCAUUUACUAGCUUCCCCAAUAAGUGAAGCAAACGAUAACAACUACAACUACAGCAGAAGCAACAACAAGAAUGAUGAUGCUGAUGAUAGUGGCAAUAGACUUUGUACGAUGAAGGACGAUCCGCAAAAAGUACCAGCAGACGAAGACGAGCAGCAACAGGAAAAGCUAGAAACGCAUUUGGAAGGAAAUACUGCAGUUAACUAAACUUAAGCAACCGCAACAAAGUGAAAGAAAGUUAAGGUACGGCAGACCUAAAAGAAAAAAAUUCGUGUACAACUAUUAUGGUGAAGGGUGAAACAAGUGUUUGAAAGUUUU